AUGAAAUGAAUAUGAAACUUGUCUAAUUUAAUUCCUUUCUUUAAUUUCUUGUUUCAAUUCCUUUAUGUUGCUUUAAUUAUCUUGUUUCAACUCUUUGAUGGAUUACGAUCCUAUCAAUUGGUAUCAAGAGCCGGUUUCGAUGUGGAACCUGCAAAACCCCACCCUCCCACCGCAGCUUGCUCCUGAAGAUCCCACCCUCCCACCACAAUGGAAAGGAGUUAUCGAUUGAUUUGGGCGAUUCUACUUCUGGAACACUGAGACCAAUGCGACCCAAUUUGAGCGACCUGCCGUGCUUGUUCCUCCACUAGAUGAACAUGCUGUGUUCUGCCUCAACAUGGCGGCUGCUCUUCAGCAAGCCCAGAAUGAAAUUCACGAAAUCUUCCAGGAGGAAAAACGUCGGUUUGAGGUAAGCCGCACGACAAUCAUGGCGGAGACUCGCCGGCUUCGGGAAAUCACCUCCAAGUUUCCCCACCCAACCACUUCCCCCCAGAGUACUUCUACUCCUGCAAGUACCCAACCCACAACCCAGGUUUCUUCAACUUCACCAGAACCUCAACACCUAUCGAGCAAACUAAACUCUCAAUCCUACCGAGAACACCUGUCACACAACCCGCCGUAUCACCAACCUACCCAACCAAUUUCUUCCCAUCACAAGACAUUCAAGAGUUUCAACAGUGGAGUCGCCAUGGCAGCUCACUCUAGAGUUGUCAAAAGACCCGAAAACCAGAUGUGCUCUAUGGUGUGGUUAGGUCCUCGGGUUCCAAGAUGAACCGAAAGCAAGGUCUAUGGGCGGUGAACGCCAACAAAGACGGUGUCUUCUGCGAGUUUAUGAAGGAGAUUUAUCAGCUCUCCAUGGGUUCAGAAUCUCCAACCCGUACUUCAAAUCUGUCGGCACUAAACCCAUCUCCUCGACCACUGAUUAUCGAUAUUCCAGAGCACAAUGAUGUUUGUCACUCCCUACUCAUCGACGAGCUCGAAACUCUUCCCCAACUCUUCUAUGUCGUCGCCGUCGCCGAGAAUGUCGGCUUUGAUUCACCAGAACCCGAAAGCGACGAUGUUGUCGUUUCACUUGAAGUUCCCAUUGACAGCAUCCAGUUGCUUGCGGAUACUAACGCAAAGCCCGCUCCCCUCUUAAUGGAUGCACUCGUCGAUAGCACCACCUAUCACCAGUCUCCACACCAAACUGGAGGAUCUUCCAUGAACAUGAGGUCCGACGCGACUCCUGUGUUAGGUUUCAAUUCAUUAGAUUGGAGGUACCACAAGCCCGUUAACUUGAUUGUCAUGUUCAAAUCAAUUCCUCCUAGAGGUGAAGAAAUUAUGUCUGUUGAUGUGUAUCCAUCGUAUUUUACAAUUCAGCAUAUGCAAGCGGUAGAACAUCAUGGUCAUUUUGGGCUGUUUGGUGAUAGAGUAGGUACAUGUACCAAUGAGGUUAUUCUUGGAGUCACUACUGAAGCAGGGACAUCACGGCUUGCAGAAUUGGCUUUGGUUGUGCCUUGGGAUGAUAGUGGUGGCUUGAACCCACUGAACAUUACAUUGCAGAGUUAUUGCAACCCUGGGUUGGUGUUUCAUGAUGAAGACCACAUGCUUGAAGAUCACAAGCAGGGGGUAAUGGUGCCUGGCUCUUCCAAAUUAUUGUUUGCUGAGGUACUCUUUUCAACGAUUUUCAAUUCGAGAUUGAAGACCCCCUUGUUGUGUCACAGCUUGGUUGACUCAUCUUUGCGUAUUGGACACUUGAUUGAGAAAAUGAGAAUUCAUGCCCAGAAUCUAAUUGUUCAAAUGCCAAUUAUAGCUUCAGCUCUGCCUUGUUUUGGUUUUAUGACUUCAGUUUUCGAUGUUGGUAAAGAGACCAUUGUUCCAUCUGUUACUCCUACCUGGUGUUGUCCUAUUCUAAAGCUCGAGCCACCCUUGACUGCUUUCGUUAGCUCAUUCACUUCCCCACCCCAUGUUAGUGUCAUUACUGGAUUUCUCACAACUGUUUUGGGUCCUAUUUGUGGCACAAUUGUUGUAUCUAGCAUGACGGUACCCAAUCAGCAUUUUGAGGUAGUCGUCAUAAGUUGUUACCCUUUUGAUGGUGAGGCUUCUGGUCACUAUGCUUGGCUGGACUUUUUAACAAGCAAGGUUCAAGGGACAGAUGUAAUACCACUAAUACAGGUGAUUUUUGCAUUCCCUGAUAAUUUGACUGGAGUGUAUCGAAGUGCCAUGAUAGUUUGGCUGAUUCUACCUGCAAUUUUCCUUCUCAACUGCACAUUGGAAUUAUCUUCUCUAAGCUCUUCACAGUACAGUUCACCAUCCCAUGGACUUGUGAGGUUAUUGUUUCCUUUAUCAAUUCUGGAAUCUAUCCAUGUGGUACGACCUACUUUGCUUAACAUAUUUACACAAGAUGCAUACUAUAACAUCGAAAAUAUUGUUCUUCUUUCUAUAUAUGAACUGGUGUCCUUGCAGUCCAAGAAACAUGAGCUUACAUUUAGAUAUGAUGAUGUCUACAAGGGAAAUUCCUUGAGGUUCUUUUCUGCUUCAAUUGAUUUAAUGCCUGCAAGAUUAUUUCCUCUUCAGUAUGCAAGGAAGCUAUUACUAGCUUUGGUGUUUGGAGCUAGUUUAAUUCCAUGUCAAUUAGUGGAUUUCCUGAGACAUUGCCACUGUAUUUGUCGUCUUCCAACACUAUUUUGGGGUCAGGUACUCAACUUUUAUGGGUUGAUUCUUAUUAAGGCUAACAUGUUAAUGAGUGACUAUGGAUCUGACCCCAUUCCCCUUGGAGCAUUUUUAAUCAUUCUUGUUUGUCAUUUUGAUAUGGGCUGGUACAUUACCAACUCAUUUUCACAAAUGAUAUACCUUACUGCGUAUUGGCUGCACAUGAUUUGUUCUACAAAAUGGUAUCUUCAGUUGCUUCCGUCUGUUAUGCAUCAUGCUAUAGUUUGGUCUGGAUAUGGGCGACUGGAUUAUACUUCACAACGUAAUUCAUCUAGUAGUUACUUUCAUCUGAACUCUGAAAUUCAUGAACUUCUAGAUCCCUUGCCAACUGCAGCAGAUGAUCACAGUAUUUGUGACAAGAUUGAUGUUUUCUAUGGUACACCUAAACUGACAGAAACAUUCGCAGCUUUAGCUUCCCAGACAGAUAUCUCUUUUGCUUGGAAUAGUUCAGCCUCAUCGAUUGAACCAUCAAUAUACAGAUCUGCUGUCUUGACAAGAAAAGCGUGGCUUGAGAAUCAGAGGCAAGAGGUACUUCUCUGUUUCAAGGGAGAUGACAGAAAUCUUGCGAGCGAGGACCUUGCUGCUACAAUGUGUUUUUGCUACUUCUCAGCCUUAUACGAGGGGUAGUCAGGGUGAUGGUGCUACUAGCAAGACUCCAGAAGAUUUUCACUUGAUUUUAUCGUCGGCGCGGUGUGUGGUGUCAAAAGAAAACAUUAUGUUUAUGAAGCCAGUGCAUAUGAUACUCCAGGCUGCCUUUAUCUA